AUGUCUCAAUAUGAGAAUGCCACCGCACCCGCUGCUAACAUGUCAUCCGCUCUUCAGCAGCAGCCUCGCCAAUCCCUUCCCGCAAACACGGCGCAUUCCCACUCCCACUCGCAAUCCCAACAACUACCUCAACCCCCUCAACACAAGCGCGUAUACCAAGCCUGUAUCCCUUGUCGAAGGAGAAAAGUCCGAUGCGAUCUAGGAAGCGUAGACGAUCCUCAUGAGCCCCCAUGUGUACGCUGUCGCCGCGAAAGCAAGGAAUGCUUCUUCAGUGCUACGCGACGUAAGCGUAGAAACGAAGACGACGACGUCGACGAUCAAGAGGAUGACUAUACUACCCGCAACGCACGAAAGCGGCCCCACACCGACGACACGCCUCCGUACGUCGAUAGAAAACCGUUCAGUAGUGUGCCGUUGACCCCAGGUGGUUCGACUGGUAGAACACAACCCUUGCGACGGCCCAAGACUGAACGUGAAGACGGGACAAAAGAUAAUACAGGAACCAGCUACACAGAUACUAGAGAGGAUUCAAAUGCGCAGUUGGAAAAUCUCGAGGCGCAGAGCGUCAUGAGGAAAGAGGUCUACGGACCUCACGAUGCCCUCGAUCUACUGUACAAAGCUGCCACCGACAGGUCCGUCCGUCCAUCUCAUAUUUCUAGCAUGAUCCUAAACGAGCGAGUUGCUGAUUACGCCGUCAGCCCGCAUGAAUUGAAUAGGCGCCAUGAAAGCAUUCCCUCUGUUGUUCACCCUUCGCCUGUGUCUGCGCCCGGUCGCAAAACACCACGAGACCACAAUUCCAACUUAAACGGCCGUCCAAAUGGCCGCUCAACAUCUAAAUCCGCGGAUCUGAUCGAUCCCCUCCUACAACCUUCAGCCAAGAAUGAUGAGGCAGCAGAGAUGGAACGCCGGCUUAAUGUGGAAAAUGAAGCUGGAUACCAGGAGGCUCUCGAAGCUUGGUCGAGGUUCAGAUUCGUUAGGGCUGGAUGGUUUACGAAGGAGGAGGCAAUAGCGUACAUCGUAUAUUACUAUGAGUACUUGUCCCCCAUGACACCUAUCUCGCCACCAACCUUCCGCAGCCCAUCCUCCCACGCAACUCUGCUGACCGAAGAACCUAUACUCACUGUCACACUUUUAACCAUUGCGUCGAGAUAUUACCGAAUACGAUCUACCGGGGGGCAUUGCAGGUCACACGCGAUUCACGAAGAACUAUGGAGGUAUCUUCGAAGGAUGAUCGAAAGAUGUCUCUGGGGACAAGAGGCUUUCGGUGGUGGCUUCUGUGGACCAGGCGCAGACGAAUCUCAAACUUCCAGUACUGCACCGUGGCGGGGGCUAAGGAAGGGGAGUCUUCGUACGUUAGGUACAAUCGAGUCGCUGAUGAUUUUGACCGAGUGGCAUCCUCGUGCACUUCACUUCCCUCCUGACGAGGCUAUCGAUGAACUCAUGCUUCCUUUUCGUGGUACGUCUCAUGUCGGUAUUGGUGAUGACGAAAGUGCACAACGUCCCGGUGGAAAUGUUGGAGGCCGAAGAAUCGAGAGCUGGCUCGAACCCGCCUGGAGGAGCGACCGCAUGUGCUGGAUGCUGCUCAGUAAUGCUUUGGGACUUGCUUAUGAGUUAGGUGUUUUCGAUGAUGUCGACGAACUUCUUGCGGCCGGUGCUAUCACGCGGCCAGAGUACGAAGAUGAAGCAUAUCGUCUCCGUGCGACACGGAUUAAACGCUUACUGUUGGUUUACUUAACGCAGCUAGCAGGCCGCCUUGGGUGGACGAAUAUGGUUCCCGACAGCAUUCGUAAAACGGACCCUGCACUUUCAGGAAGGCGCCCGAUUUCGAAUGAAGGGAAUACACCGGGGACCACGCAAUCACUCUUGUCCAAUACUUUUUGUUAUGUGCCCAAUGUCGAGCUGGAUGACCAAAUCAUACAUUGCUGGGUAGGUGUAAGCGAUGCCAUGCAAUUAGGCAACGAGAGAUUGUUUCGAUCGCGCAAACACACAACAGAGUUGAUCCAGAGCGGUAAAUAUACGAAGGCCCUGGAAGAAUUCCAUCCCAUUCUCAAGAAUUGGUGGAGGGAAUUCCAACGUUUCGAUAUGCCCGAGAACAUUCGUCAUAUAUUGACCAUCGAAUACGAGUAUGUUCGAAUAUAUGUCAACUCACUCGCCUUGCAGGCAGUUGUUGAACGUUGUACGGCCAACGCCGGAGCAUCUACUGCCGCACAUGGGGGAAGCGUAGCUGUCGGGAAUCCGCAACUCUCCCCCCAAACGCAGAAUUAUCUAGGAAACCUCCCUCUAGGCCAUCUAGGUGGUUUCGGCCAUGAAGACCAAGAAUAUGUUAAGGAAGUAGUGGAUGGCUGUAGAAAUCUCUUACGAACAGUUGUCGAAGGUUUGCUGAAAGAAGGUUAUCUUAAGCACGCCCCUGUGCGAACAUAUUUCCGCAUUAUCAGCGGAGCCAUGUUCUUGCUUAAGACCUUUGCUCUUGGCGCGCCGAAGUCCGAUGUGGAAGUAAGCAUUAGCCUGCUAGAUCGCACGGUAGAUGCCCUUAGAAACUGUGUCGUCGAUGAUAUUCACUUAGGAACGAGGUUUGGUGAUUUGCUCGAGUCUCUAACGACAAGACUCCGAGACCGUUUCAAAUACGCCCCGGCUACAAGUUCUGGUGAAGGCAAGAGUCCUCGUCCAAAUGGCGAAACAAGUAAAGUCGUCACCACGAAUGGACAUCUCCAACCUAACGGAGGUGAAAAUGGAUACCUAAGCCAUACUAAGGUUAAGGAAGAACUCGUUGUUCCUAAGCGUUCUUCUACUCCAUCAGGCAAUGUGUCGGCGACGCCUUUUGACUUGACAGUGGGCAACUUUCCUUACCCAGCCGGUUCGGCUUCAGUAUUUGGACCUGCCACACCCGCCCUAAGCGGCAAUGUUCUAGAAACCUCCAAUAUGGGCGACAACAUAUUUGAAUCAGGUGCUGACUGGACUGCCGACGAUCAAAUGUGGUACCUCCCGCCGGGCCCGGCCCUGUUCCAGAAUAUGGGAGAGAAUUCUAGCGUAACAAUGACGGACCAAGGAGUCAACGUUGGAGGCGUUGACUUGCUUGAGUUUAUGGCGAUGGACCACCCCCCUACAUUCAAUCAUCCAAUGGAUGGGCAAGGGUACUAG